GCGCAGGGCAGCUGACAGCGUCAUCAGCCGGGAGCAGCGCGCGCUCCGCCUCAGCAGCCACCGCAUCGCGCCGCGCGCAGAGGGUCCCGGAGCUGCGCCUGGAGACUUGCCGCGCUGAGCCGGCUCUCACCAGGUACCUCCUGGUCAGUGGCUUGGAGUUCUGAAGCAACAUGCCGGAACAGAGCAAUGACUACCGGGUGGCGGUGUUUGGGGCAGGUGGUGUCGGCAAGAGCUCCCUCGUUCUGAGGUUUGUGAAAGGGACCUUCCGGGAGAGCUACAUUCCAACUGUGGAAGACACCUACCGGCAGGUGAUCAGCUGCGACAAGAGCAUAUGCACACUGCAGAUCACCGAUACUACUGGGAGUCACCAGUUCCCUGCCAUGCAGCGGCUGUCCAUCUCCAAGGGUCAUGCCUUCAUCCUGGUGUUCUCGGUGACGAGCCGGCAGUCGCUGGAGGAGCUGAGGCCCAUCUAUGAGCUGAUCUUUGAGAUCAAGGGGGGUGUGGAGGGCAUCCCCAUCAUGCUGGUGGGGAACAAGUGUGAUGAGAGCCCCAACCGUGAGGUGCAGAGCAGCGAGGCGGAGGCCCUGGCACGCACGUGGAAGUGUGCUUUCAUGGAGACGUCGGCCAAGCUCAACCACAACGUCAAGGAACUCUUCCAGGAACUGCUCAACCUGGAGAAGCGCAGGACCGUGAGCCUCCAGAUCGAUGGCAAGAAGAGCAAGCAGCAGAAGAGGAAGGAGAAACUCAAGGGCAAGUGUGUGGUCAUGUGAGAGGCUUUCAUUAGAAGGAGUCGCUGCCCUUAGGGCCUCUCUCUUCCUCCCCUCUGUGAGCCCCACCGUGUCAGGGCAGCAUGUCUGAUGCCCAUGUGUUAAACAUUGCAUUUGGCUGUGACACACCCUGCCAUGUCCUCAGGAGGCAUUCCAUACACCCCACCAGCCCACCCCUCAGGAGUUUCAGAAUCUGCGAUGCUCCCAAGCAUCCCCAGAACCCGAGGCCAGUCCUAAGUGGGCUUUAGCCACUUGAAGGCGAGGGGACUCAGAGCUGUGGACACAGGAGAAACUGAGAGUACUGUGUAAUGCAUGUGUGUGUGAUAGCAGGUUAGCCCAUAGCUGCAGGUACCAUCCCACACCAGGAAAACUUAGUUCAGAAGCCACUAACCUCUUUGGGGGAGGAGCAGGCAGUCAAAGGACCCUGGUGGAUCCUGUUAUUGCAUUUUUAGUGGGAUUAAAGAUAAAAUACCAUAGCCCCUCCAAACGAUGCUCAUGCUGUUCCUCCUGGCACACACUGAGGAGAUGCUCUCACUUCCUCAGAGCCUUCUUACCUGUGCUGUGUCUGCCUGUUAGGAGUGUACACUUCACAUGCAGUACGAGGCCGUCUGUGGCAUGAUGUUGUGUUAGCCCUUCUCCAGUCUUUGAGUCAGGACGUUGUGACAUCAUGCAAACAUCGCAAUAACGCCCGUGUGUGUGUGUGUGUGUGUGUGUGUGUGUGUGUGUGUGUGUGUGAUACUUUGAGGGUCCUAGAAACGUGAACUUUCUUUUGACCUCCGAGGGUUGCCACUUCUCCCAGCCCUCAGAUUUUUAAAUAAAAGUGAAUAAAGUAGGCAUUUUUUAGACUCCCACCUUCCCCUCCCCUAAGAUGGUUUUCUUGUCUUAAAUAACUCCAUGUGUACCCAGCUGCGAAACAGCCAACCAAGAGCAUCUAAUAACCAGAAGCACACCCAUUUUUCUAAACGACACGAGCGUGCAGAUGCUACCCGCUGCACCUUAAUGAAAUACUUCGAAACAGACGUCAUUCACUGUGUUUUUAACAAUUUAUCUAUUUGGGGAGUAGAUUGCUAGAAAAUGCAUUUAAUCAAUAGUAAAUUUUUUUCCUCGUCCCUUGCUAACUGUCCUUAAGUUCCUCAGUGCAGUGAGCACCCUAGAACCAAUACUUCCCAAUGACUGUGUGUGUACCCUGGGUUCUUCAGAACACAUCAGCCACUGCUUGAGGCAUCGGAGGGAGGCCACGGCAGCUGCAGAUAGGCUGCUCUCUCUUUUCUGGGCACAGUGCUCUCAGCUUAGUCCAAUUUGCCUGCCACCCUGGAGUCUGGCUGGCCUUUGAUUCUUGAAAAUUCCUACUCCCACAGCCAAUGAGAAGGAGCUCCUGCUUCACCUGCUAGGACAAACAAACCCAUGCUGGCCUUGGGUGCUAGCUUGACCAUUUCCUUAGCCAUCUGACCGCUGCCCAGUCAGCAGGCAGAGGAAGCUGCAGCACUGUGAGGUCCUAUGCCGGGGCCUAUGGCCACUGUGUGUAGCUCCCAAUGCCGGUGUGUUGUGGUAGGCCUCUUGUUCCGUCUAUGCCUCCAGAGCACACUGUGUUCAGACACCUUUGUUUCUUUCAGACCUCUAUAAUGCAGUCUCUUUGUCUGGCCUGGCCCACUGUGCUCGGUCAAUCAUAACUCACCUUGGUGAUAUGCUGAGGGUUGGGAAAGUCCCUCAGAAAACCGUAUGGCUCAGUGAUCUUACUAUUUCUGUAGACUUCUAGAAAAAAAAUCCUUGCAGACCUGGGCAAGCAGCUGCACUGAGAAAUGAGGAAGCCCAGGAAUCAGCCAUGAGCUCGGAGCACUUGUGCCCAUUCCAGGCCCCCUCUGAGCCUCUUCUAUUGGCUCUUUACAUUCCCACAAGCCAUUGCCUAUCACAGGAAGAUCAAGCUGUGGAGUGUUCUGGAAUGUCUUUAAUUUGUUGUUCUAUUUCUUUCUAUUUCUGUUCUCAGAGAAAUUGUAUCACCUUGCCAUUGAGGUGUGGGAUUAGUGAAGGAAAAACCAUGGCUCCAUGGCUGACAUGGGAUAUAUAUAUAUAUUUAUGGUGAUCCCUUCACAGUUAGGAAAAUCCUGUCUUUCCCACUGAUGGUAACCAGUUUAUACAGGACGUUGCUACAAGCUUCCCUACUCCCAGUGACCAAAUGUCAGGGUUCUUUCUGCUCUUUCUGUCAGUUUCCGCAUUCCUAAGUAUUUCAGUCUUCAUCGACAUGAGACUCUCGUGGUUAUCCAUUAUAAGUCUUUGUUCCUUUCUGUUCUGCCUGUGAGUUUAGAGGGUGGGAGGUCAGUAAGGCCUCCCUCUGGGGCUUCAUUCCAACACUAUUUUCUAGAGAUUGAGCUGAGCAUUGGGUGGCUAUCCCAACAUCACCUUUUGAAAACUCCCCUCUGCCUCAGGAGCUGAGGAUGCAGUACUGGGCCAAUGGCUUUCAGCUUUGCUUUGGUCCCAUUCCAAGUCACAAAGCUGAGGUUCUUGGUAACAUCCCACGUUGCACACGGGACUGGAAACUUCUGACCCAGCCCCAGCUCAUGAUAAAACUUGAAAUAUUGCUUUGAAGAUGGCACUCUGGGGUUAAGCACGGGACUCCAUGAGUUCCCUAGCCCCUACCAGUCCCCUCUCCAUUCAGUGACAAGCCAUGGGCAUGCAUCCAAUGCAUCUAGUCCAACAAAGAGCAAUAUCCAAUUGUCCACUAGAUCUAAAAUUAUAUAUAUUAUGUAAUUUAUCUUCCUGCACUUUUGAAGUAUAAAGUAGUAAAUUGUAUAUAUCUAUCUCUAUAUAUCCAUAAGCUAGUAUAUCUGUUUCACUAUUUAUAAUAUUUGAGAACUGCUCAUUCUUUGUAGAACAAAAAAAGUAUUAAAUAUUUUAAAAUUGCGCUGUGAUAUUCCUCCCUGCCCCAAGUUUGUAAAAUGUUGUUCCUACACAAGCCGUCUGGAAAUACCAUAGCCAAGGGGGCAUGUGGAACUCCUACAAGCCACAUCCUGGGAUUCAGUAGACCCCAAAGACCUUGUGUCAAUCAAAUACCUGCAGAGACUGAUCAUUGGCAUGUGGGAUGCUGGCACAUGCUCCCACAUCAGGCACUUGCUAUUCCAGUUCUGUACUUGAUUAUGUCUGUCAUAUUCUAUGGUUAUGAAGAUCACCUCACACAAGGUCCUAGCUGCAGAGAUGGACUCAACCCAUGGAACCAGUUACAAUAAAGCUCAGUAAUGACACUCUGUCUGGAAA